AUGCCACGCUUGCAGGUUCAGGCGCAGCGCCAGGUCUGGGCCCUGGAUUUCGACGGUGUGGUCUGUGACUCGGUGGGAGAGUCGGCCAUAGCUGCAUGGAAGGCCUCUGCGCAGUACUGGCCAGAGAUGUUUGCCAGGCCAGAGGUGGUGGCCAGGCGACAGGAGAUCAUCGACCAGCUCAAGGUCGUGCGCCCCGUCGUGGAGACCGGGUACGAGAACCUUGUGCUGGUGCGGUGCCUGCUGGCAGGAGUCGACCCCCAGGCCAUCCUCAAAGACUGGCAUAAACUGCUCGGAGAGCACAUGCAGCUCUGGGGCCUGGACCGCUCCGAGGUGCAAGAUCUUAAGGCUCGGGGGCUGCUCGCUGCCUUUGGAGGCAUGCGUGACCAGAUGAUGCAGGAGGAUCUGGCCGCCUGGAUCGACAUGAACGACAUCUACCCCGGCGUCGCCGAGUCGGUGCGGCGGCUGGUGGCCGACCACGAGGCCUACAUCGUGACCACCAAGCAGGCGCGCUUCGCGGAGGCCAUCCUGCACCGCCUGGCAGGCGUGGACCUGCCCCCGGAGCGCAUCUUCUCCCAGGCCGAGACGGGUGCGCCCAAGUCGGAGAUCCUGCACCUUCUGGAGGAGAGGCACCCCGGCACCCAGUACCACUUUGUAGAGGACAAGGCGCUGACCCUACACAAGGCAAGCGCCAUGCCGCAGCUUGCCCACUGGAACCUGUACCUUGUGGACUGGGGCUACAACACGCAAGAGGAGAGGGAGGUGGUGCGGCGGCAAGACCGCAUCAAGCUCAUCUCCCUGGAUGACUUUCAUGCCCUAGCCUGA